AUGAUUAAAUUAUAUAUAGAUUGGAUUUCACAGCCAUCUAGAGCUGUAAAGGCUGUUUUAGAUAUCCUCAAAGUCCCUCAUGAAGUCAAGGCUUUAAAGAUUUAAUUUGAUGAACAUAAGUCACCUGAAUUCACAGCAAUUCAUCCAUUAUAAUAAUGUAUUCAAAUUAAAAAAUCUAUAGUGCCUUUAUUAUAAGAUGGAGAUUUUACUGUUGCUGAAAGUCACAAUAUAAUGAGAUACAUAAUCAAAUAGAGAAAUAUAUCAACUAAUUUGUAAGUUUCUUAAUAUUAAUAAGAUACCCACUUACAGACAUCAGAUAAUAAACUAGAAUAGAUCAAUAUCUAGACUAUCAUCACACAAAUACAAGAAGAUGUUUACACUUGUACCACUCAGUGCUUAUAUCACCAAUAAAGGGAGAGAAGGUAAUUCCUGAAGUACUGGAAAAGGAAAAACAAGAUGUGGCAAAAGUGUUUUAAUAUUUUGAGAACAGUAAUUAUAUAAAACAUUUGUAGAUUGGCUAAAAGGUAGAAACUACAUUUGUGGCGAUUAAGCAACUUUGGCUGAUAUAAGUGCUUGUUGCGAAAUGAUGUAAUUAGACUUGAUUAAAUUUGAUUUCUAAAAAUAUCCAAUUACAAAUGCAUGGCUUAAUAGAGUGAUAAGGAUUCCAGAAGUUUAUUAAGCUCAUCAUGUGGCUUUUAAAAUUAUCAAAAAAUAAAAUCCGAGUUCCUAAUUCUUGAAAUGA